AACUCCGCCGCCCGUCCCCCUGCAGAAAGCAACCCCCUCUAAAAGAGACAGAGAGAGAGGGGGAGAGACACAGAGGAUUUGUUAAUAGAGCAGAGGAGGAUGAGGAAGCAGUGGGAAGGGGACGUUUUAGAAGAGGCUUCACAGAGGCAAAAACAAGUCUGUGUGAUCCAGGUCUCAAGAUGUAGGAGCGGCAUCAGAGGAGUCCAAAGUCAGUGUGUGUGUGUGUGUGUGUGUGUGUGAACGCACCAUAACAUCAUAGGACUUGUGUUUCAAGGAUAGUGAAGGUGGCAACCUGAGAAGUCCUCCCCUCUACCUCCACAGAGGAUGUCAAAUUAGUCCUUAUUCAGCAAGGAGCGAGAGCAUCAACCUGAGGAUCAGAUGUUGUCCACGGCUCAGCAGAUGCUGCAGGAUAGCCGCUCCAAGAUCGAGCUGAUCCGACUGCAGAUUAUCAAAGUCACCCAGGCUGGCAGCAGCAGUGGAAUUGGCGAGGAUGGUGGCGGAGAUCCCACUCAUGGAGGGAUCUCUCCUGUCAGUGCUGUGGAGGCUCGUUUGGCAGAGUUGCAGCACUACAUGCAGAGAGAGACUGAUGCCUUGGUGCUGGCCAAAGAUGUGGUGAAGCAGCUGGAGGGAAUCUCAGCGCUGGACCAGAAGGCACUGACUGAGGCUCAGACCCGGGUGCAGGAGUCCUCCCAGAAGCUGGAUCUUCUGCGGCUGUCUCUGGAUAAGUGCAAGAAGGAAAACAACCAGGAGCCGCAGGGGGGGGGCGUUCCUUCUGAGGGAACUCUGUCUCCUAAAAACUCCAGACCUGGAUGUCCCCUGUCCACGUCCCCAUCCAUCUUCUCUUUCAGACCUGCCUUUUUGACUGGGAAACUUGAAGUCAGACUUCUUGGAUGUGAGGAUGUACUGACAUCCCGGACAAACCCAGAGCAGGAGAACCAUCUUUGUCCCUCUGAAGACAGUCCAGAUGCUCACAGGACACAGGAACACCCUGUGGAGAUCAGUGCGGUGCUCCGAUUGGACAGCAGAGUGGUGGGACGGACGCGCUUGGCUGCUGUCGGCAGGCUGACCUGGGAUCAGACGUUCUGCAUCCAGCUGGAGCGGUCUCGAGAGCUGGAGGUGGCUGUGUUCUGGCGGGACCGGAGGGCGAUGUGUGCUGUCAAGUUGCUGCGACUGGAGGACAUGAUGGACAACCAGGACCACAACCAGGAGUUCCCUCUGGAGCCACAGGGCCUCCUCUAUGCCAAGCUUCAAUUCAUCGACACUGUUGUUGAGCGGCAGCCGAAGCUGAGGCGUCAGAGAUGUAUCUUCACCAAAGAGAGAGGGAAGAACUUCCUCAGAGCGGCCCAGAUGAACAUGAAUUUCGCCACAUGGGGUCACCUGAUGAUGAACAUCCUCCCUCACUACAGCUCCUUCACCACCUUCAGCUCGUCCAUCUAUACGCCCCCCGACCUGGUGGCCAACAACCCCCCCUCUCCAACUGAGAAGGAGCCUCUAGCUACCACUCCACUGCCAAGCGAGUCUCCAGAAGUCAGACUCAGCCUCUCUGAGGAUCAGCCGCCUCCCACCAGCCUCCAGCCGGGAGACGACCCCCUCGCCAUCAUCACCACAGCACACAAAACAUCCUCUGUGCCUGCCUCGCAAGAAAAUCUGUCUUCCAUAAACAACACAGAAGAAAGUGGAGACCAGCCUGUAUCUGCUCUAAAGAUGCAGAUGGAUGAUUUCAAAUAUUUUUCAGUACUGGGCAGAGGACAUUUUGGGAAGGUUCUGCUGGCAGAGUUCAAGAAGACAGGAAAACUGUACGCCAUCAAAGCCUUGAAGAAAAGAGACAUUGUGACACGAGAUGAAGUGGACAGCCUUAUGAGCGAGAAGAGGAUCUUUGAGAUGAUCAACGCGUCCAGACAUCCGUUCCUGGUGAACCUCCACGGCUGCUUCCAGACCAGCGACCACGUCUGCUUCGUCAUGGAGUAUUUACCUGGAGGAGACCUCAUGAUCCACAUCCACAACGACGUGUUCAGCGAGGCCCAGACCAGGUUUUAUUCCGCAUGUGUCCUGCUGGGUUUAGAGUUUCUCCACCUGAAUAAAAUCAUCUAUCGAGAUCUGAAGCUGGAUAACCUGUUGAUGGAUGCAGAUGGGUUUGUGAAAAUCACAGACUUCGGACUUUGUAAAGAAGGGAUGGGUCACGGAGAUCGGACCUCCACUUUCUGUGGGACUCCUGAGUUUCUGGCUCCCGAGGUCCUGACAGACGACAACUACACCCGGGCGGUGGACUGGUGGGGGAUGGGGGUCCUGAUCUUUGAGAUGCUCGUUGGAGAGUCUCCGUUUCCUGGUGAGGAUGAGGAGGAGGUGUUCGACAGCAUCGUCAAUGAUGAUGUGCAGUAUCCAGGGUCUCUUCCUCCUGAUGCGGUCUGCAUCAUCAAGAAGCUGUUGAAGAGGAAUCCUCUGAAAAGACUCGGCGCUGGAGAGAGAGAUGCAAAUGAGGUCAAAGGGGAGAAAUUCUUUGAGACCAUCGACUGGGAAGCCCUCCUGGCUAAGACAGCCAAGCCACCAUUCCUGCCAUCAAUCAAAGAGUCAAUGGAUGUCGGAAACUUUGACAGCGAGUUCACUCAACUCCAGCCAAUCCUGUCGCCUCCCGCCAAACCCUUUAUCCUCUCCGCCGAGCAGCAGGAAGCCUUCGCAGACUUUGACUUCUGCGCUUUGCACGGAUAAAAGAGGAGCUGAAAGGACCAGGGUGGGAAAUGUAUAACAUUUAGUCUGCGGAUGGAACUUUGUCCACUUUAGGAGUCACCAACCACCAUCAUUUACAUAUUUGUAUAUCCAACCUAUACUUGCAAGUAAAAUAAAUAAAUUACCUAGCCAUUUACAAUUUUUUGUAAAACGGUUUGGUUUAGCCAAAUGACUGAAAACAACACUUAAAAUGUGCUGUAUCAGCUCAUUUAUUAUCUGUCAAUUGGCAUAAAUGAGCAUAAUCAGUGACAAUUAUUAUAAGUGAUUAUCAUCUAAAUAUAAAAUAAAGUACCAAGAGUAAAAGUACUCUAACAGUAUAGCCCAUUUUAGAAUAAUGCAUUUUAUAUAAUUGGAUUAUAUUUUAUUGGUGCAAUAAUAUGUUUUAGAGAUGCAAUUAUUCAAUAGACAGAAAAUGAUAUGGCAACUAUUUGUGAACUCAAUUGAUCACUAAGGAUAUAUUUAAAGCAAAAAAAAUGCUGUUUUCACGCUCUCAAAUAUAGAGAUGUCUUCUCUCUCUAUUUCAUAUCCUAGGUUUUUGAUUGAUGUAACAGACAUUUAAAGACAUCAACAUGGCCUUUGAGGAAAUAAAAAAGGAAAUGUUUCACAAAUAUUUUGACAUUUUAUAGACCAAACUAUAACCGAAAAAAAUUAAAUGUAUUGAGGGGAAAUAACCAGAAAAUAGUCGGCAGAUAGAUCUGAAAGUCUGCAAAGUUGCCUAAAAGGACAAAUUAAAAGGCAGUGGAGUAAAAUGUACAACGUAGCAUAAAAUGGAAAUUAAAUACAAGUACCUCUUUAGUACCUUUAUACGUUUCCCAGCCUGGUCUCGAUAGCACCAACUGAACUAACACCCUGUAUAAUUCUGCAGCUCAAUCAUUACAACAGGAACUCUACAUACAAUCCCAUGGCUGAUUUUGCUGACUGUUGUGACCGCCAUCCAAUCGACGGCCAAUAGUCGAUCAAAUAAGCGAGGCAGAAUUUUGUUUUGUAACAGAGCAAAAGAAAGUGAUACCCUUUAUAUUUUCUGUGGAGAAUCAGGCUUUGCUCUGUUUGCUCAAGCAGUAAUAAUAAUAACUCACAUGCUGUUGCUAUAAAGAGUAUAUUUAUGAGAUCUGGUCAGGUGAAAUGUCUACAAACAGGGUGCUUGAAGAGUUUAUAACGUUAUCACGCCAUCUUUAGGGUUUCAUUUCAUGAAUUCAAUGCUCGAAAAUGUGUUCCGUAUCAGAACAAAUGCAGGGGGUUUACAAAAUAGUGCAAACUAAAUCUCAAAUUACUGUAGCCAUGCAGGUAAGACUGUCAAGAAAGGUCUUGGAUCAAUUUAUUUCCAUUUUUGAGGUUGAAAAUCAUGUCUUCCAAUGACUAUUU